AUGAAGCUUGCGGGGCUCAGAUCGGUGGAGAACGCCCACGACAAGUCGAUCUGGGCGGCAACGUGGGUCCCUGCCACCGACUCCCACCCCGCGCUCCUCCUCACGGGCCCACUCGACGAGACCGUGAGGCUCUGGCGCCCCGACGAGCUCGCCGCGGCGGCGCCGCCCUCGCACGGCCACGUCCUCGGCGUCGUCGCCGCCGCCGCCCACCCCUUCGGCUCCCUCGCCGCCGCCGCCUCCCUCGACAGCUCUGUCCGCGUCUUCGACGUCGACUCCAACGCCUCCGUCGCCUCCCUCGACGCCCCCCCCUCCCUCCCCCCCGAGGUCUGGGGCUUGCAGUUCGACCCCAAGUUUGUAUUAUUCUUUCGAUCCGGCAUGGCGGCGACGGCGGCGGUGCCGGCGUCGCCUGUGGAUUCGUUGGAUUACUGGCGGAAGUUCUUCCGCAGCGCGGCGGACGCCGACAUCUUCCGAGUGAUCGAGAAGGCGAUCCGGGCGCACCAGGCACGGAGGCCUCGGGUGCACGUGUUCUACCCGCCGCCUACAUAA